GCGGAGUUCAAGCGCUCAAGAUGCGAAUGAGAAGCACUUAGCAGCUAGGUGCAACAGGAAAACGUCUCGGGGGAUCUCUUUCGACGUUCUGCCUCAGCAGAACCUGGUUAUUUUUGCUCCUAGGCUCCCAUUUGCCACCCAAGAAAAAUAUCCUUGGAGCACUGAAUCAGGUCAAGUGUCCUGUUCAGCUUGACAGCAAAUGACACAACAAGUGACCCUUUUCCGGCUGGCAGCUCCGCUGCAUCGCCGACGUCUGGCACUGCUCACCGCUUCGAUACUUCUGCUGCUGGGAUUUGUGGUGGAGCCAAGCUUGAAAACUGGUCUAAGGUUGUUGCCUGUGCCUGGAGAUCAAAUGCCCCGGUGUCCUACCGAAGAGCAGCGCAGUGUGUGCUUCUUGAAAACGCACAAGUGCGCCAGCUCGUCUGUGCAGAACAUGCUGAUGCGCUACGGCGAGAGCCAUGGCCUCCGCUUCGUGCUUCCAAAGAGCGCGAACUACCUGGGUCAUCCGGACCUCUUCAAUCGUACGAUGGCGUCAGGCAGGCCACCAUUCGACAUGCUCGUGCACCACGCGAGAUUCUACGAGACGGAGAUGCGUGCUGUGCUGACACAGCGGCCGCUCUUUGUCACCAUCGUGCGGGAACCUGCCGCGCUAUUCGAGUCUCUCUACUCCUACUAUGGUCUAAAGAGGAUGACCCACAUGGGUCUGGAGCAAUUUGCCAGCAGUGCCUUGGCGAACCGGUCACUGAUGGGCCUGCUGGACCGAAGCCGCACCCAGAGCAAGCUGGGCUUCAACCAAAUGAGCUUCGACCUGGGAAUGACGCCGGCGAAAUUCGGCAAUGCUUUCUCAGUGCGUCGCUUCGUUGAGCAGCUUGAUGCAACGUUCGACCUGGUCAUGGUGGCUGAGCGAAUCAACGAGUCCCUGGUCUUGCUCAAGGACCUGUUAUGCUUGGACACAGACGACAUCGUCAUCUUCAAACUUAACGCCCGGCAGAGUGUAUACCGGCAUGUCCUAAGUCCCCGGCUGGCGGCUCAGAUACGUUGGCUGAAUUCGGCUGAUGUGCACUUGUACGAGCACUUCGUUCGCCGGUUCGAGCUACGGGUGCGCCAAUUCGGCCAGGAGCGAAUGGCCAAGGAGCUGCAUUUGCUUCAGGAGCGCACGCGCUAUUGGUACGAACGCUGCGUCAAGAACGUCAAGCAACCAGACGAAAGCAGGCCCACUUCAGAACGAAAGUUCUGGACUAACCAUCAGGUGUUGGUGCUCCAUGCCAAGGACGAGAGCUCAGAGGAAUGCGUCCGCAUGACGCUGCCCGAGCUUGUCUACACAGAGCGUCUGCGAAAGAAGCAGUUCGAGAACACCAGGGCACGUCGCCGAUGGCAGCGCCCUCAGUCACUGCAGAUGAGCCGCUGAUCCCUUCGGUGCCCUCGCUACAUGGUGUUGACCUCACGCUUUCCGCUACGGGUGACCAAAAACGUUAGGCUGGAAGCGGAAAGACUGAGAGGUGAAGCAUAGCACGAGCCAUCGGGCAGCCCACUUUCUUGCGAAAUAUUGUCGGCUGACAUCACUUGGCAACACCAUAGCGCGACAACUUUGUGACAUGUCUAUGUGACGUCCCAAUAUCCGUACACUACUUUAGAAACAAAUGCGACACUCCUGGAACACCAGAUUGUGGAUCACCGAACCAGGACAUCUCAGUUAUAUCGCCUCUGCACUUUUGUUUGCCAAAACGGGAGUUGUUGCCCUCCCAGAUACCAGUUGUUGAAAUUUACACGAGAGGAAAAUGUGCUUCCUUGGACCUUAAAACUAUAAUCCAAGGCUGUUCCAUUAAAGACCAUAUUCGGCGUGUUUGCUUAGAUAAGUCACUUUCUAAGCUUUAAAGGUUUUAAUGGUCUAUUUGUGCCUCGCGGAACUGGUAUGGAAAAAGAAAAAAGCAACCGCAAUUGCGGGCGCGGGCAUCAGUACGUAUAUGUAUACGCAACAACGCAUCUGAUCGUCGUAUGUGGGCACAUCCUUCCUCUGAAAGACCAUGCAAGCCACAGAAUCCUAGGAGAUGUGGUCUGCUGUGAAAGUUCCCUUCAUUAUACCAAACACUUAAAAAAACCUGAUAUAUGCUUUUUAUGUGCCCGUAACGUGCCCACGACGGCUCUAACGCGCAUAGGAAAUUUGCACUCGACACGGAAACUCCGGCCGAACAUGUCUGCGAGGAACAUCCCCUGGAUGUAAUCGGCACCUACCAGAAAUAUCCGUGUACUCGCGGUCGAUGCAGAAAUGAUGCUUACCGGAUACCACUUCAGACCGUGCGACAUAGAUGUCACUGAGACAAGCUUCCUGUGGGGCGGAGCUGUACGCUCUAUAUUGCGGUGACUGUGCUCGUUGUUGACGUGUUUCAAAACACAAAUGUAUGAUCGACCAGUAUUUUUACCGCCUGUAUAAUACAAUGAUUUUUGGAAAGAAUAAGUCGCGCUAACGUACCCACAUUGCCUCAUCACGGAUCGAGACCCUUCGUAUACACCUAGCAUAAAAUAUGUGACGUCACUCGUUCGGAAUAAGCUAUCCCAACUGCAACGUUUCAAUUACCCUGUAACCUUGCAAGAUUCUCAAUAGCCAGUGAUGAAACAUAGAUUCGAGGCAGCGUAGCUUUUUUCAUGGCCAAAAAAUGUCCUAAAUGAUGCUAGCUAUUACCGUGCUUGUAUAUGGCAUACAGAACAGGUAAAGUUCAUAAGCGUCUUUCCGCUUGGCAGCGAUAUCACAAAGGACUAAUGAUAGGCUCAUGAGCCAAGCCGAGCAGAUUGAAAUUAGUUACUGCGUGAAUCAUUGCUUUCGUUAAGCUACAUUGCCGUGCUAGUGAUCUGCCACCUUAUUGCUUACUCGCACCUGCAGGUUACCAUAGCGUCUAAAGCAGUGACUUCUCAAUGUCUGAAAUUGAUGCACACAAGUGAAUAAAUUUGCCGAGUUUUUUUCCCAGUGCUAUU